GUCGAGAGAGCCAACACUCUUGACAUGGAGUCUCUAAGUGACACAACCUGGGACGCAGUUAUAUGCGGUACAGGUCUGCAGGAGGCUCUUCUGGCAUUAGCCCUGUCCCGGUCCGACAAGAAGAUUUUGCAUAUAGACCCUAAUGUAUACUAUGGGGGCGCGGAGGCUGCUUUCAGCCUGCAGGAGGCCGAUGACUGGGCGUCCGUGACAGCCAGCGCUCCGUCAGACUCGUCCGCCAUCUUCACGGGUGCCGCCAUAACGCGACCGCCAGAGUCAGCACCAGCUGGAGCCGGAGCCGGCCUCUCGAACCCACGAGGUUACGCUCUCUCUCUAUCCCCGCAGAUUAUCCAUGCCAACUCAGAACUGCUGUCCCAGCUUGUCUCCUCCCGCGCCUUCCGACAGCUAGAGUUCCUCGCCGUCGGCUCAUUCUUCGUCUUGAGGCCGUCCUCCCCAAGACCGAUCCUCACGCGCAUCCCCUCCACACGCGAGGAUGUCUUCUCCUCCACAGAUCUCUCCGCCCGCUCCAAGAGGCAGUUGAUGAAGUUCCUCAAGCUGGUUCUGUCAUAUCAAGACGAGCCUACGCUUCCACAGUGGGAAGAGUACGCGGAUAGACCCUUGGCCGAGUUCCUGGGCGACAAGAUGAGCCUGGACCAAGAGCUGAAGACGUAUAUCAUCACCCUGACGCUGUCGCUCGAUGGGUCGAUCAGUACCAAGGAUGGUCUGCAGACGAUACACCGGCAUCUGACGUCCAUGGGCAAGUUCGGACCUGGUUUUGCCGCCGUGUAUCCCAAGUGGGGUGGCGGCUCUGAGAUUGCACAGGUCGGCUGUCGGGCUGGUGCGGUCGGUGGCGGAGUCUACAUGCUUGGUACCGGCCUCAAGAAGCUGAGGAGCGAGGGCACAGGGGAUGGGCUCACAGAGCUGGAACUCACAGACGGCACAGUUGUCAAGACCAAGUUGCUUGUUCGAGGACCUGAGGAGGCCUCUGUUGGUCAGUCUACCAAGACGAGCAGGAUAGUGGCCAUCAUCGAUUCACCCCUUGAGGCCUUGUUCGAGACAACAAUGGAGGGAGCUCCCACUCCUGCCGUGGCUGUCAUCGCCUUCCCUCCUGGGUCUGUCAAAACGGAUUCCGCAGCCGAAUCCACAUGUCCAAUAUACGCCAUCGCUCACUCAAGCGACACAGGCGAAUGCCCUGCUGGACAAUGCGCGCUAUACCUGAGUACCAUUCACACAGUAGAGUCCAAAUCCCUCCUCGAAAACACAAUCACCUCCCUCUUGUCCGCUCUUGCCCCCGAGCAUGGGACGGCGCCCCAUUCUCUGUAUCAGCUUUACUACGAGCAAAAGGCCAGCACCAACAGCACCAUUAUUGAUGAUGGCCAAGUCCUCGAUUUUCCUACGACCCCCGCCUCCCUGAGUUUUGACGAUGGCAUCCUUGGUCCCGUCCAGCAGGUCUGGAGGAAAGUACUGGGCGAGGCAGCACAGGACGAAGACGUGCACUAUAUGGUCUUUGCUGACCGUGAGGGAGUUGGUGAUGAGGACGACUACGAGUGACAGUAAGAUACAGUUUUAUCACAGUUAUAGUGCGGUUUACGACGGCAUGAGUGCAUGAAAUACAACGAGUUGUC